GCCGCGCUGCCGGCCGCCCGGGGCGCGCUGCGCUACUGCGACUGCACGUUCCAGGGCAACAGGCACUCCGUCGCCAAGGAGAUCUGCUCUCUGACGCCGGACGAUGAAGCGCAUCCUGAGUGCAGUACUGAAACGGUGCCAUACAUAUCGCCUGGCUUUACAUUCUACUCCUCAAAACCGCAGAGAAUGUUCAAGCACUUCGCAUUGCAAACAACUGCACAUAAAGCACUGGAAAUUUGCAAACAAGAAGGUGGCACGCUUGCACGUCCAUUAAAUAAGGAAAUGAUAAAUCACAUGUUGAGAAACCUCCGCACAGACGAUGAGUGGAUUCUUAUCAAUUACACAGAUGAAAAAAAAGAGGGGGUGUGGCUGGACUUUGACGGUAACCCUGCGCCAAAACUACCGUGGGCGAAAAACAGACCGGACAACUGGAAAGGUGGUGAAAACUGUCUACAUAUACAUGCUAAGAAGGGCCACGUGAACGAUAUUAGCUGCUUUACAUAUUACACAUUUAUUUGUGAACGCACCCUUCGUAAAAAUGUACCGAAAGGUUACACAUAUUAUGAUUUACCUCGGACCUUCUACAAGUUAUACAAAGAGGAGAAACCAUUUCACCUUGCAAAGAAGACAUGUGAGGAUGAUGGAGGGAAGCUGACGGCCCCAGAGGAUUGGUUCAAGGCUUUUUCUGUGCUUUUUGUUAUCAGAGAAGUUGGAUUCCACGCAGACUUUUAUGUCGACUUCUCUGACGAAGCUGAGGAAGGGAACUUCGUUACAAGCGAAGGCUGGAGGAUGGAGGACAUGGAGUUUCGCAACUGGAGGCCCGACGACCCGGACAACGGUGCGCCCUUUGGACCAGAGAACUGCGUCACCCUCAAUUGGGAAGGCUUCUUCGCGGACAUCCCGUGCGAGUCCACACAGCCCUUUGUGUGCGAACUCAAUCCGUUCUAGUGGCCAAUCGACGUUUUCCUCUAGAGCCUCAUGUCUUGUCUGCCAUAAGGCAAACUACUGCUACACUGUCUGUGGAACACAGAUCCGAAUGACUGCACACAGCAUUUGGGAACUGCCUUUGAACUAUUUGUAACAUGUGGAACAAUUGUGGGGUACAUAUACUACUCGAGACAGCAUUGUGAUUGGAAAAUAAAUUUGAUUGUCAUAA